AUGGGCGCCCUCGACACCCCGCGAACCAACAUUGGCGACGCGACCUACCUCAGCCAGCGACCUCCCGACUUUGCCGACAUUUCCCAGGAGGCAUCCUUUCACUCCCCCGAGAAGGAUGGCAACCUUUUGCAGCAGCUUCGGAACGGGCGCUCGAACGGCGUAAACCUACGAACGCCGCGGCAGAGAGGUCCUCUGGCCGACCGGAGGAACCUGCCCCCAAGCAUUGGCGGCGCCGAAUUCACGCCGCUGCUCAAGUCGGCCACCAGAAACAGCGUGCGACGCAGAGGCAAAGAAAACAGUGGUGGAGGUGUUGCCGACACCCCAAGCCUGACCAGAAUCGAGGAGGAUGAUAUGACACCGGUGCCGCGCGCCGACACCUCCAUCUACCUAGGAUCGCGCAAUCAGUCUUACCUCGACAAUACAUUACCACAGGUGGAGGCCAGCAGCGUGGCGUCCACACCGAUAGCAAUACGCCCACGCCGGGGAGGCGGUGACAAGGGUCCUUUGCAGGACGGCAAUCAGCUGUCGCUUCGGGAGCAGGAGAAUGUGAUCGAUAGAAUCGAGAAGGAGAAUUUCGGCCUGAAGCUCAAAAUUCACUUCCUGGAGGAGGCCCUCCGCAAAGCCGGCCCCGGUUUCAGCGAAGCAGCGUUGAAGGAAAACACCGAGUUGAAGGUAGACAAGGUCACAAUGCAACGAGAGCUCCACCGGUACAAGAAGCACCUUACGACGGCGGAGCGUGACCUCGAGAGCUACCGGCAACAAAUGUUGGAUCUCCAGGAAAAGGCGAAGCGCAAGUACGCUGAUGAGAACCAACGAGCCGAAAUGGACAAGCUGCGGCGGAUCAUAGAGGAGCGCGAGCAGGACGUGGAGGAUCUUCAACGGCAGCUUGAUCAAAGACAGAAAAGUGGCGACGAUAUCGAGAAGCUACAGGACGAAGUAGGCGAUCUCGAGGCCGACAUCCGCGAGAAGGACCGUAUCAUCAGCGAAAGAGAGGACGAAAUUGAGGACCUCAAAGAUAAAUUAGAGGAUGCGGACGAAAAGGCAAAAGACUCGGCACGAAAGCUUGUGGAGGUGGAGCAAGCAGAGCAACAAAGCGAAGAAUUAGAAGACGCCAAGGAGACCAUUCAAUCGCUAGAGCAAGAUAUUCGCCGCCUGGAAGAGCAGCUCGAAGAGAUGAAAGAGAAAAUGAACGAUGCUAUCAGCGAAAAGGAACGGGCAGAAGGCGACCUCGAAGAGCUCCAAGAAGAAAUGGCCAACAAGUCGGUUGUCACAAAGGGCCUCUCUCGACAAAUAGAAGAGAAGGUAACCCGACUACAAGAUGAGCUUGACCAGGCAGGACAGGAAUAUGCAGCUUUGGAAAAGGAACUCUCUCAAACAAUCCAAGAAAACGAUCGUCUCAAAUCUACUGUGGAUGAUCUUGAAAACGAAAGAGACAGUGUUGACUCAGAAAAGCAAUCCUCAGCGGCUAGGCUACGCCAAUUAGAGCAGGAUCUCCUCUCGCGCACAGACGAGAAAAACAUUCUACAGUCUCACUACGAUUCGCUCGCUACCAAGUCCGACUCGUUACAAGAAACAAUUGAGAGACUGGAAGGAGAAAUUCAAGAUCUCGAGAACAGCCUCUCUGACGAGAGAGCACAUGCACUUGAGAUCGAAAAAGACCUUCGAAGCCAAUACCGAGAUGAGAUUGAACGGCUGAAUGGAGAUAUAUCUGAUUUACAAGCCGAGGUGCGGGAAAGAGACAACCUUUACGAUAAUGACAGCGAGAAGUGGGAAACCGAAAAGCAAUCUCUGGAGUCACAGCGUGAUCGAGCUGAGGAGAAGGCAUCGGGCCUGCAAAGGACCAUUGAUCGACUACGCGAAGCUGAGGGAAGCCUAUCAGACAAGGAGUCUAAACUACAGGCCGCUCUCUCCAGCGAGGCCGAGCGGCACCGAAGCGAAGAGGGUGUUCUUACCAAGCAAAUCGAGGAUCUCCAAGAUGCGCUGGACACAAGGCAAACCCUGUUGACAAAUAUCCGUAAUGAACUUUCCACAGUACGCGACGAGUUACGACAAACUCAGAUCGACUACCAGACUCAGGCGGAUAAGAUGGCGGCACUAGAGGAUGAGAUCGACGUGUUGCAGACUCAAGCCGACGAAAGGGGCGGGUCAGCACGCCGAGACCUCGAGAAUGCGCGACAAGAGAGUGCACAACUCAGAGAGGAAAUCAGCUCGCUUCGGCAGCAAGUCCGUUCUCGAGGCUCGCCAAGGAAAAUCGAACUGGCAAACGACGAGGUGCUUCGCCUGAAGCGACAGCUCACCGAAAGCACAACCCAGCUCGACAAGACUUCUCGAGAGAAGAAGAACCUUCAGGACCAGCUUUCGACAAUCAAGGCUGAUCUGUCCUCGGCAAGAGCAUCGCUUGCAGAGGCAAAGGCGGAACGCGACGAGCUAGAAAGCCAGCUUGACCAAGCAAGAUCAAACGACAACGACACUCUUCGUGUUGAUCAGGAGCGUCUGGAUUUGCGAACUGCCAAGUUGAAGCUAGACCACGAGGUUCGUCGUUUAAAGGACGAGAAUAAAGCGUUGAAUGACCAGCGUGAAACUGUUGAAAAGACCCUCCAGCAUGAAAUCGAAAAGGCAGCCGAGGAGGAGGAGCGUCUAAGCCAAGAAAUUAUCCAACUUCAGACCAAGCUACGACAAUCCUCGACCUCGGAUAGUCACGACGUAGCCUCAGCUCGUCGCACCAUCCGAGAUCUCGAGCGCCGCCUCAGAGAAUGCGAAGCCGAGCUGGCUUCUGCUCAACAACCCGCAAACACAGAUGGCAACAGUGAGCUCUCCAUGGUCCGUAAGGACCUAACCUCAGCCCGCGAGAGAGAGCUCGAAUUCAUCCAACGGGAAUCUGCCCAUCGCGAUGUUGUCAAGGGUCUCAAGCGACAAAUUGCCGAUCUCGAGCGGAAAGUCCACGACGAAGAGCUGUCGAGAUUGAUAGCAUCACCGAAAUCAACGAUCAGCGACAGUGGCCGCAGUCGAGAAGUCACCACCUUGCGCCAGCAACUCUCUUCCGCACAACAAUCCGCUUCAGACUACAGGUCCAAGGCUCGCGAGGCCGAGCGCAAGGCCUCAGAAGCUACAGCGGAUCUUCAAAGGCAGCUCAAUGAUCUCGAAGACCAAAAGAUCGUACUGGAGGAGGUUCUGGAAGAGGCCCGGCAACAGGCCGAAGAAGCGGCCGUACAGCACGAACGCACCCUGCGCCAAAUGAACCGCAAGCUGGAGAAGGCGGCGCGCGAGCAGCAGCAGGCCAACGCCAACGGCAAGACGGAGCGUAGCCUUCGCAGGAACCAAGCCGAAGUUGAAAACCUGGAGCAUGACGUCCGUCAGCAACAGGAGCUCAUCGACGGCCUGGUCGCCUCGGAAGCCUCGCUGCGGCGUAAGCUGGAGCGUGCUCGCAGCGAGCGUUCAGCCUACCGGAUGAGCGCAGAGAAGCUGCAACGCGACAUCCAGCGGGCGUCCAAGGCAGUGAAGAGCGAGGACCAGCGCAAGACAAGCUACAACAGCGAGGCGAUCGACACGGUCGUCCGCGCUGCCGAGGGCGCCGAGGAGCGGCACAAGAAGGAGCUCAGGGGCAUGGUAAUGCAGAUGGAGUGGAUGCAAGCUCGCUGGGAGCGCGAGGCCGCUCUGCGCUCCGACGCCGCUUUCGCGAAGAAGUUCCUCCAGCUGCAGCUGAAUGUCAGCAACGCAUGCAACAAAGCCCAGCUCCGCGAGCUCGAGUACAUCCGGACCAAACUGCUCGGCGACCGCAAACCCCUGACCCUCCCCAGCGCGGCCAGCAAGGCCAGCAGCAACCAACCCUCCGGCCGUCCCUCGCUCAAGACGUUCCUCAUCAUGGCUCGCUUCAUCGCCCGCGCCCGCCUGUCCGCCCGGGACUGGGCCAAGCAGGAGACGGUGCGCCAGAAACUCGUCGUGGCCACGGAGCAGCAGCGCAAAGUCAAGAAGUCCAAGCAGUUCAAGGUCGUGCGUGUUGAGCAAGUAUCAUGA